CGGUAUAUGUUACUUUUUGAUUGAUUCGGUGGUUACUAGCAAGGAGAACGAAGAUGAAGAAGGAAGAUACGGUGAAGCUGAUCAGUGCCGAGGGUUUCGAAUUCGUGGUCGACAAAGAAGCUGCAAUGGUUUCACAGACCAUACAUAACAUGCUUACUUCUCCAGGGAGUUUCGCCGAGAGGCAGCACGGCGAAGUUACCUUUCCCGAGAUCAGCACCACCAUUCUUGAGAAGAUUUGCCAGUACUUUUAUUGGCAUCUCCAAUUCGCCAGUGGGAAGGAGACGGAAUUUCCCAUUGAACCUGAAUUAACUCUGGAGCUAAUGAUGGCUGCCAAUUACCUCCACACAUAAGCACUUUCACUUCCCCAGGGUGAUGAUUCUACGUCCUAAUUACGGAAUGGAACUAUUGCACAGUUAGGCUUUCAUAGGGUAAUGAGCGUAUUAUUGUUGCCAUUGGGAAUUGUGUGCUUGCUGGAACUAAGUAUAUAUGCAAUUUGUUAAUGAUUGUUAGACUCAGCUUGCAGGCGUCUGAUGUACGAGGGUCUGUAAGAUGUCGUCAGUUGAUGUUGUUGUAUAAACUAAUAGCUGAUUAAGAAAAAUGCUAAUUCAAUGGAAACAUUAGUACAUUACCA